AUGCGGCUCUGGGCCUGGGUGCUGCGCCUCGGGCUGCUGAGCGCCGCGCUGGGCGGCUGCGGGGUGGCCGGGCGCCCCCCGAGAGCCCCGAGGGCCCCCGCGCGCCCCCACGCGCGCCCCGACCUCGCCGCCGGCGCCCCCGGCGCGGCCACCUGCGCCACCCGGGUCGCCCGCGCCCGCCGCCCCGCGCCCCCGCCGCCCCCCAAGCCGGGCGGCGCCUGGGACGGAGCCUGGCGCGGACCCCGGAGGAGGCAGCCCCGGGCGGCGAGGGGCGCAGCCCGGGACCCCGCCGGGGACGCCCGCCCGCGGCCCGGCCGCGCGCUCUACUUCGCCGGCAGGGCAGAAGCGCUGCGCCUGCGGGCCGACCUGGAGCUGCCCCGCGACGCCUUCACGCUGCAAGUGUGGCUGCGAGCCGAGGGCGGACAGCGGGCCCCCGCCGUGAUCGCAGGGCUGUAUGACAAGUGUUCUUAUACCUCACGUGACCAAGGAUGGGCCGUGGGUAUUCACACCAUCAGUGACCAAGGCAGCAGAGAACCACGCUACUUUUUUUCCUUGAAGACUGACCGAGCCCGACAAGUGACUACCAUCUAUGCCCACCGCAGCUACCUCCCGGGCCAGUGGGUGUAUCUGACUGCCACCUAUGAUGGGCAGACGAUGAAACUUUAUGUGAAUGGUGCCCAAGUGGCCACCUCUGGAGAGCAGGUGGGUGGCAUCUUCAGUCCACUCACCCAGAAGUGUAAAGUACUCAUGUUGGGGGGCAGCGCUCUGAACCACAACUUCCGGGGCUCCAUUGAGCGCUUCAACCUAUGGAAGGUAGCCAGGACUCAGCAGGAAGUACUGCUGGACAUGGAGAUCCAGGGCCUCCACCCUCCACUACCUCAGCUCCUUCUCCAGGAGAACUGGGACAAUGUGAAGCGUUUCUGGUCCCCCAUGAAAGAUGGACACAGCCCACAGGUGGAAGCCAGUAGUGCCCAUGGCUCUUUGCUGGACACUUACUUAGAGCCUCCUCUCUGUGGGCAGACGUUGUGUGACAACCCUGAAGUCAUUGACAGCUACAACCAGCUGCCACACUUCCGCCGACCCAAGGUGGUGCGCUAUCGUGUCGUUAACUUGUAUGAGGAUGGCCGGGAGAAUCCUACUGUGAGCCGGCAGCAGAUUGACUUCCAGCACCAGCAGCUGACCGAAGCCUUCCAGCACUACAACAUCUCUUGGGAGCUGGAGGUGCUGGACGUGAUCAAUUCUUCCCUGCGUCGCCGUCUCAUCCUGGCCAACUGCGACAUCAGCAAGAUUGGGGAUGGAAGGUGUGACCCUGAGUGCAACCAUACCCUCACCGGCCAUGAUGGUGGGGACUGUCGCCGCCUGCGCCACUCAGCCUAUAUGAAGAAGCAACUGAACGGGGUGUGUGACAUGGAUUGCAACUAUGAAAAGCUCGACUUUGAUAAUGGAGAGUGCUGUAAUCCUGAAAUCACUGAUGUCACCAAGACCUGCUUUGAUCCCGACUCUCCACACAGGGCAUACUUGGAUAUUAAUGAGCUAAAAAACAUUCUUAGACUGGAUGGGUCCACACACCUCAACAUCUUCUUUGCAAACUCAUCUGAAGAGGAAUUGGCAGGAGUUGCAACUUGGCCUUGGGACAAAGAGGUUCUAAUGCACUUGGGUGGCAUUGUCUUGAACCCAUCUUUCUAUGGAACUCCUGGGCACACUCACACCAUGAUUCAUGAGAUUGGACACAGCUUGGGACUUUAUCACAUCUUUCGUGGCAUCUCUGAAAUCCAGUCUUGCAGUGAUCCCUGCAUGGAGACAGAGCCCUCCUUUGAGACGGGAGACCUCUGCAGUGACACCAACCCUGCCCCCAAACACAAGUUCUGCGGUGACCCAGGGCCAGGAAAUGACACCUGUGGCUUUCAGAGCUUCUUCGACACCCCUUACAACAACUUCAUGAGCUACGCAGAUGACGACUGUACUGACUCCUUCACGCCCAAUCAAGUUGCCAGAAUGCACUGUUACCUGGACCUGGUGUACCAGAACUGGCAGCCCUCCAGGAAACCAGCGCCUGUAGCUCUGGCUCCACAGAUUGUGGGCCAUACUACCGAUUCUGUGAUGCUGGAGUGGUUCCCGCCCAUCGACGGCCACUUCUUUGAAAGAGAAUUGGGAUCAGCAUGUGAACUUUGCUUGGAAGGGAGAAUCCUGGUUCAGUAUGCAUUCAGUGCUUCAUCCCCAAUGCCCUGUGACCCUUCAGGACAUUGGAGUCCACGAGAAGCAGAAGGUCAUCCAGAUGUUGAACAGCCUUGUAAGUCCAGUGUUCGUACCUGGAGUCCACAUUCAGCUGGCAACUCACAUAUAAUCCCUCCAGUCUGUACUGAGCCACAAGGCUGCUAUCUCGAACUGGAAUUCCGAUACCCCUUGAUCCCUGACUCACUGGCCCUUUGGGUGACCUUUUUUUCCUCUGACUGGGAAUCUAGCGAAGCUAUCAAUGACAUCAAACUAUUGACUGUGAGUGGGAAGAACAUCUCCUUGGGUCCUCAAAAUAUUUUUUGUAGUGUCCCACUGACCAUCACACUUCGAGAUGUAGGUGAAGAAGUAUAUGGUAUCCAGAUCUACACAUUGGAUAUGAACCUGGAGAUUGAUGCAGCCAUGUUGACCUCACUUCCAGAUAGCCCACUCUGCCUGAAGUGUAAACCCGUGCAGUACAAGGUAGUCCGGGACCCUCCUCUCCGGGAAGAUGUGGCCUCCACCCUACACCUCUACAGGAGAUUCAAGGACACAGAUCUGAACCUUGGCAGUCUGUACCAGUACUGGGUCAUCUCCAUUUCAGGAAACGAGGAAAGUGAGCCAUCACCUGCUACCAUAUAUAUCCAUGGAAAUGGGUACUGCGGUGAUGGAAUUAUCCAGAAAAGCCAAGGUGAAGAAUGUGAUGACAUGAAUAAGCUCAAUGGUGAUGGCUGUUCCCUUUUCUGCAAACAAGAAGUUUCCUUCAACUGCAUUGAUGAACCCAGCCGGUGCUAUUUCCAUGAUGGCGAUGGGGUGUGUGAAGAUUUUGAACAAAAAACUAGCAUUAAGGACUGUGGUGUCUACACUCCCCAGGGGUUCCUGGAUCAGUGGGCAUCCAAUGCUUCUGUGUCUCAUCAAGAUCAACAGUGCCCAGGCUGGGUCAUCAUUGGCCAGCCAGCUGCAUCCCAGGUGUGUCGAACCAAGGUGAUGGAUCUCAGUGAAGGAAUUUCCCAGCAUGCCUGGUACCCUUGCACUAUCAGCUACCCAUACCAAGACCCUCAGAUGCCUCCGACCACUUUUUGGCUCUGGGCGUACUUUUCCCAGCCGAUGGUGGCAGCAGCUGUCAUUGUCCACCUAGUGACUGAUGGAACCUACAUUGGGGACCAAAAUCAGGAGACCAUAAGUGUCCAGCUGUAUGACACCAAAGAUCAGAGCCAUGAUCUAGGCCUCCAUGUGCUGAGCUGCAGGAACAAUCCUCUGAUUAUCCCUGUGGUCCAUGACCUCAGCCAGCCCUUCUACCACAGCCGGUCCGUGCGCGUGAGCUUCACUUCAGCCCUGGUUGCCAUCUCGGGGGUGGCCCUCCGUUCCUUCGACAACUUUGACCCCGUCACCCUGAGCAGCUGCCAGAGAGGGGAGACUUACAGCUCUGCUGAGCGGAGCUGUGUACACUUUGCAUGUGAAGCUACAGACUGUCCAGAGCUGGCAGUGAAGAAUGCUUCUCUCAACUGUUCCAGCAGUGACCACUACCACAGCACUCAAUGUACCGUGAGCUGCCGGACAGGCUAUGUGCUCCAGAUCCAACGUGAUGACGAACUGAUCAAGACCCAGACGGGUUCCAGUGUGACUGUCACUUGCACCGAGGGCAAGUGGAAUAAGCAAGUGGCAUGUGAGCCUGUGGACUGCGGCCUCCCAGACCAUCAUCAUGUCUAUGCAGCCACCUUCUCUUGCCCCGAGGGCACCACCUUUGGCAGGAAGUGCACCUUCCAGUGCCGACACCCAGCGCAGCUGAAAGGAAACAACAGCCUUCUGACGUGUAUGCAGGAUGGGCUGUGGUCCUUUCCAGAAGCCCUGUGUGAGCUCAUGUGCCUCGCUCCACCCCCAGUGCCCAAUGCAGAACUCCAGACUGCCAGGUGCCGAGAAAACAAACACAAGGUGGGCUCUUUAUGCAAGUACAAGUGCAAACCUGGCUAUCACGUGCCCAGCUCCUCCAGGAAAUCUAAGAAACGAGUCUUCAAGACUAAGUGUACCGAAGAUGGUAGCUGGCAGAAUGCAACAUGUGUUCCUGUGAUUUGUGACCCACCUCCACCGAAAUUCCAUGGACUCUACCAGUGCACUAAUGGCUUUCAGUUCAACAGCGAGUGUAGGAUUAAAUGUGAAGACAGUGAUACUGCCCAGGGACGCGGGAGCAACAUCAUCCACUGUCGGAAAGAUGGCACCUGGAGUGGCUCCUUCCAUGUCUGCCAGGAGAUGCAAGGCCAGUGCUCAGCUCCAGACCAGCUCAACAGCAACCUCAAGCUGCAGUGCCCUGAAGGCUAUGCCAUAGGGUCUGAGUGUAUCCCCUCGUGCCUGGACCACAACAGCGAGUCCGUCAUCCUGCCUGUGAACGUGUCUGUACGGGACGUCCCCCAUUGGCUGAACCCCACCCGGGUAGAGAGAGUUGUCUGCACAGCUGGUCUCAAGUGGUAUCCUCAUCCUUCUCUCAUCCACUGUAUCAGAGGCUGUGAUCCCUUCAAGGGAGACAACUACUGUGAUGCCAUUAAUAACCGAGCCUUCUGCAACUACGAUGGUGGGGAUUGCUGCACCUCUACGGUCAAGACCAAAAAGGUCAUUCCCUUCCCCAUGUCCUGUGACCUACAAGGAGACUGUGCUUGUCGGGACCCCCAGGCCCAAGAAAACAGCCGGAAAGACCUACGAGGGUACAGCCACGGCUAAAGAAUUACAAGGAGCUGUUGAAAAAAAUCCCAACACCAGGACCCCGCAUCCCUUUGGUAUUGAUUUUACCGUCAGCUGCUCAAUGGAAUGGCAUCUCCACACCAGGGAUCCUUAGCACCCAGCCAGUCUGCCUUUAAUUUCACCCAGGAAAGACGCGUAGUGGGGGCACAUGAACUCAAUCACACCAUAUUGAAUGAUGGAAUGGAAUCCUGUCCCAAAGUCUUAUAUGGAUUGCAGAUACAGCAUGCAGUCCCGGAGCCUCCUAAAGUUCUAACCAUGUGUCACACAACCACAGCGAGAAACAUGUUCUGUACCUAGGGUUGUGCACUUCUGUGGUUAGUAUGCAUGCAUGCCUGUGCACCCAUACAAGCAUCUGUGUGAGGGUGGUUUUGGAGACGGAGCAAAGAGAGAGACUGGAACAAACUCAAUAUUUCCUUUUCCCAGCUCCUAGCCAACACUCUCCUUGGGAGAAAGAGAAUCGCAGAAACUAAGACCAAGUUUUGAGAUGCCAAAAUAGUUCACACCCUGAGGCUUGGGGUAUGCAGGGCAUAAUUGUGCAGUCCUUUUGCGACUGGAAGUCAAAUGAUCUCUGAUCACCUCCCUUCUAGGGAAGGAAGACCCAUGAAAAAGUCAAGAAUACAAUGUAUGUAAAGUCACCCAGUUAUUCUACUACCAUGAGGGGGUUUCAUCCCCAACUCCAGGGUUUGAGGCCAAGCUAGAAGCAGCGUGAUUAUAAUGUCAAGGUAUUAUCAGCCCCCCCUGCUUGAGCCUUGAGGCCAUAAUAUUCCUCCAGAAACCACCCAUUCUCCAAAUCUUGCCUUGGGACCACAUUUGCUGCUACUUUUCCUGCUGCUCUAUCCUAUACAUUGAAUACCCCAAGAUGGUAGGACUAGGUUAGAAACCCCCUCCCCCCAACACACACACAACCAAACAGUCUGCCUUAAAAGUGACCUACAUUAUUUCCAUAGCUCCUCACUUCUUAGCCCUUUUGCAAAAGGAAAACUCUCAUUAGCCACCAUGGGGAGAAGUCCCCCAUGGGUAGGUUUUUCAUCAUGGAUAAAAGUUGAGGGACUUAGAUUCUGGAAUCCUCACUGAGAGUUCAGAAUGUUGAAGCCAGUGUUAGAUUUUAUAAUUCAGAUUUUAUAAUCAAGUGUUAAAUUUCUACUUUGUUGAGCCAUCCUGAGAUGGUUCGAAUUCUAGGAUUUUUGAGAUGUUAUGCUUGUCUAAGUCUUCUAGCCCUCUGGGGACCUCAAUAUUGCCCCAAGUAGCUAUCAUUCUGGAACAGAGAAUCCUCUUGGAUGUGACCAUUCUAGCUUGUAUUCUAGAGGGUCAUCUGAAGAAAGCCAAAGAGUUCAGAACCUCAGUCCCCAACAGCCCAACAUGUUCAUCAUAAUUCCCAUCCAGUCUUCCAACUGCUGGUACUUGCUUUCACAUCAGUGGGGAAGCAAGGCUUCCCUCUCUCCCAUGUUCAGCCUCCAAAGGUUAAGAGGAGAUUGCUAAAAUACAUAUGGAAACUCCCAGUUCUCUUGAGUCCUUUUUGCCUCUUUUCAGCCAGGCACCUGUCCUGUCAAUGACAACGGGAAGAAAAUUAGGUCAAAUGAAUCAUAGAGGAUGGCUUGGUUUGACAUAUUUUCUGACACCUGGAACUGAGAAAGUGAAAGAUGGAAAAGGUUGUGUCUAGUCUAGAUGCAUAUGAUUGAUAUAAAUCAAGUUGUCUCAAAUUAUCUCUGAAAGCAAAGCAAAACAAAACAAUAAAACAAAAAAGAAGUCUAACCCCAAAAUGGAGAACACCAGGCAAAUGUGCUGACUUCUGAUUCCUGCACCCCCCAAAAAUUGUUAGUCUGUGCAAAUUCUAAUUUCUGUGAAGGCCAGAAAUAUCUUUAGAAGCUUAUAAUUAUCACUCCUGUUCAACAAUUGAGAAAAUAGUUUUUAAUCUAUUUCUGGUCUGAUUCAUUAAGACAUAUACCAAGGUGCUAUUGGCAUUGUGCCCACAAAGAAUGUAGUGCUCAGUUCUCUUGACUUUUACCACAUUAUAAACUCUGAGACUGAGUUUCAGAAAACGGAAGCUGUCACUAUUAGCAAAUCCAGAUUAAAAUUCAUUAUGUGCUCUUUAAAAUCAGCAUCUCAUUUCGAUUUAGGCAUUAUUUUUUUUUACAAUUACCAGGGUCAAUAUUAACAAUUAAAUAUUAUAAUUUCUUUCAAACUAUAUCCAUCUCCCAUGUGUUAAAACUUAUGCUAACACUGAAAACACAUACAGUGCCAUAGCUAAAUUGUCAUUCUGCUUGGUGUUAGCCUCAGAGGGUACAAACUAAGGAAGACAGUAGCACAAAGGAGUUAUUCCCCUAGUUGUUUUACAACUUAAAUACAAACACAAAAAUGUCUCAAAUACCCAAGGAUAAUAUUUAUAGUCAUUGGCUUGUAAGAGCCACGAAGUCCCAUUUGUCUGAGAUCAAUAACCAUGAUCUUUCCUGUUUCAUUGACAAUCUUGUCUAUCUCAGUUCUUACUAGCUGAGUCAAGUUUCCCAAUGGUUGAUUUUGGUCAUGAGAGUCUCAGGUUGACUUGAUCCUUUUAGAACAAAGAUCUAUUCAGUCUCCUCUGUACCAUCAUUCUAACCUGUUACUCACAAAGUCAUACUUCCUAAGGAUCCUAGGAAAGAUUGGUUAACUGAUUGAUGUCCACCUCCUGCCUACAUAGAAGGUGUACGUAGACCCUUUUCAAACCUUCAUGGGGAAAAAGUCAGCCCUUCUCAUGCAGUGCACUGAUUCUUAGUUUUGUUUUCUUCUAGAAAUAAACUCAUAGCCUCAUUCCUUCAAUCAUCUCCUAUUUAUGAUAACAGAAUAAUGCUAAGGAGGCAGCUCUGAAGCUGCUCCAGGUCUUUAAAACACUUGUUGGGUCUGCAUGACCAAGUAUUAACUUACCAGCUGCACAAAAGUCAAGAUAAGUUGAACAGUUCUCUGAGGCCCAUCUUAAGAAGCCUUCCCAUGCUAUCACUAUAAAUGCUUACCCAGAGGAUAUACACGACCCUUUGAUUCUGUGCCAACCACCUCUGAAUGGCAGAGAGAAUUGUUGGGAACUUCAGUCCACUUUGGUGGCUGGAUUGAGGAGUUGGGGAAGAAAGAGAAUAGUGGUCAUAAAGAGCAUGAUGACCUUUAAGAAGGGUAGCUACUACAUACUUAGCACGUUGAGUCACAGUUUAGACAGUUCUCUUGGUCUUAUUCCCAUCUUGUCCCACAAUACUUAAAUGCUAUUUAUUGAAAAUAUCUCUUUGAGACAGCUACCUCCUUUCUGGGUUUGAUGUAAGUUGGUUGUCACUGUCAAUGUGUUACAGAUCUUACCUGUGUUUAGAAAGAAAAAGGUAGGAAGAAAAGAAGAAAGGAAAGAAGGAAAGCAUAAAUUCAGCUGAACAGUUUUGAGGUUUUUAUUUUUUCUGGAACUCCUUCAAGUGGGAAAAAAUAAAAACUAUUGAACAUGACAGUCCUGUACAGAUAGAGUUUAAUAGCAGACAAGGAGAUGAAAAGGAAAUUAAAAUGCAUGUUUAAAAAAAUAAUAAAAAAUUACUAUUUUUGUGCUUCCCAAAGGAAAUUGUUUAUUCUCAGACGGAGUAGGUAGAAAGCCUCAAGAUUUCCCUUGAAGGAGACACAGAGUGGGGUUUUAUAACUCUGUCAUUUUUCUGUAGAUGGUGGUAGGUCUGGGAAUAUGGCAUCUUCCUCAGGGUAUGUAGUUGUGGUUGGGGAACAUUUUGUCGAUUAGUUCGCUGGCAAUCAGUUGUAGUAGAGAAUGUGGUGGGCUUGAAACCGGUUUAACCAAAUCAUAAGGGGACAUAUUGUAUUGUGCUUUUCACAUUAUAAAAUGUUUGUAAUUACUAGUAGAGCACUGGGCUUUCUGAAGACUGCACUUAGAAUCAUACUGCACUGUCCACUUUCCUACAAUGCUGCUACAGGACCAGACAGGCUUCUGAAAAUUCCAUGGCUUCUGAAAAACAAACACUAAAGAGAAAAUUAAUAAAAGCCUAUUCUUUGUACUUA